UGGGAGUUGCAAUUCUGAGUUUUAAUUAAUUCUGUCUUCGUGACUGGUUUGUGUCAGGCCUCGGACGCGUCCCUGCUUCUUACUCUGUCUUGUUUUCAUCAGAGAUGCUUGUCGUCGUGUUUAUGUCACGCAAAUGUGUUGAGGAUGCAUCUGCCUACACAGCGCUUUGCAUAUUCAGAAGACAGUAGAAAUACCAUUGUCUCUGUCAGCUCUUACACGGCGCAUUGGCACAACGCUGCUGGGCAGUGUGUGUUGCGAGGGAGGGUGUGGAAUUGGUGUACAGUAACGUUAUGGCUACUGUGAUGAGGUAGUUUUGUGAUUGUUAAAGAUAAGAGACAAGUAGUAACCGUUUAUUGAAUUAAAAGACUUGCCUCUAUUGAUCUAUUGAUUUAGCAUAAGGGGGGCUGUCAGAAAAAUAAACUGCAAGUCAGUGCAAUGUUCCCAGAUAAGCAACCUCCCAGCAAAUGGCAAUUACAAGGCAGUGGCAUGUUUCCAAGCUUUGUGCCGAAGUGACACAGCUCUCCCACAUCAGGUUGGGAGACUAGAAAGCAAAAGUACAACCAACACGCAGGUUUUAGGAAACACGCAGAAAAUGACAUGGUGUGACAUGUCAGGAGCUGUCCAGAGAGUUUUACUUGCAUGCUGACUGAAAGAAACGGUGUAAAAGUGUUUGUAGAGAUGACAGGAAGAGUUUUGGUCUGGGUAUUUCUGCCAUCGCAGAAGAGAGCGUUGCAGGGCUUGACGAUAAUAGAGCUGCCAGAAAAAAAGUUGGUUCACAGAAAAUUAGGUAAAGCCGUAAAGAGAGUGAGAAUAUGGAUCCAUCUACAAGAUGCAAAAUCAGGGGGGUAAGAAGUGUAGAGGCCAUGGUAUGAGGAGACAGUUCCUGGUAAAGAAGGUUACUUUAGCCUCUGACAGGGUGGGUAUAUGGGGGCCUUCAACAAUCUUGCUCAGCUUUUUGAGGAGGGAUACAUCUGUUGGCAGAGGUGAAGAGGGAUUUUGUUCAAGGUAUUACUUCUUUCUAUUGGAUGUGUUAAAUACAUCAAAGCUGUCCUAUCGCUUUGCGUUGCAUUAGGAGUCUGUGGGAGUAGAGGAAAGGGAGGAUUUUCAAGUCUGUAAAUGUAAACAAAGCGUUAUACAAACUUCUGAAGAAAGUCCUGAUUGUUGAAAGAUACUGCUCCAUUAAAGCAGCACUUGGUGCAUUUUGCAUGCUCAGCAAGUUUACUCCGGAGCUGAAGGGGCCUAGGUAAACUCUUCCCUUUCAUCGUUGAAGGGCUGCAUCUGUGAGCUAACUUUACCAGUAGGCUAAUCCUUAGCUGUGCUUUGAAUUUAAAACCUUCUUUUCCUUUCUGCUUUCAGACGUUUAUUAAUCACUCUGUGAAAUGAAACCUUCAAGUCAGGUAGUAUAAGGAAAAACAAAUAUUUCAUUGGCCCCAAAAGAGAGUUAAUAAUCUUUACAGUAGAACGUUUCGAUUUAAGAACUCCGUCUAGCGUAUAUGGAGACUGAUGCAAGUGGCCAGUUCAUGUUCAUAAGCUUCCUUUAUUUUAUGGAACUAGUUCUAAGAGACUUAACAGCAUUAUUCAGAAAAUAUAAUACCUGGUUUUGAAACAGGAUAUACCCAGAAUUUUGGUUGGGUCGAUAAUUCUUUGCUAACUGUGUUUUUAGAUAAAGGUUUAUUUCACCUUGAAACAACAGAGUACCUGCAUCAGUCACGCUUCUUAAUUUCCGUUUUUGCUUGUAUAUCAGAUGUAUGCGGGAAGGUUUUCCAUCCUCUCAUUGCAGGAUGCUUCGAAAUUUUAGGGUUAUUUCAAAUAGUGCAGUUGUGGGUACUUUGAAGCUAAAAUUUGAAGUAAGGAUACUAAACUUAAUGACUAUAAACUGUAUGUAAAUUGUAUAGCACAUCUAUAGCAUACCAGUUUACUUGACUGGUUUGUGUUGCUUUUUGUUUAACUACUGUGUUGGCAACUGCCAAGUUUUCGUUCGUAUUUCUGAAGUUCUCAGAGCUGCAGUUUGGAAGGAACACUUCACUCUUUGAAAUAUAUUUAACUAUAAAUACAUUUAAUGCAUAACAAUUGUACUGGUUAUACUGCAGUUAUUUUUCAGAGAGACAGCAAGCCUAUCUCGAGCAUUUCAAGCAAGGGAGGAUGGAGGGAAAUGGUGGUUUUAAGAAGAUGGCUUGUUUUGGUUCCCCCCUUGGCUGGCUUACAUCGCAGACAACUGUGUAGACGACCUCUCUGUCUGAAAAAGAUGUAUGCAGAAGCCUGUGGCGAAUGAACUUCUUCGUCGGGCGGCAGCAAGUGUGUCAUUAGGGAGCUGUUAGUGUAAAAGAUGAUUGCCCUGCAGGCAUUCACAGGCUGCUGUAGAGUAGAGAGGCAUUUUUGUAGAAAGCUGAGACCAGUUAGUCAGGUACUGUGGCCUGUAAGCUGCCUAUUGCCUCCCCAAAGGUCUAAAACUUACAGCUAUCACAAAAAAUGGAAUGGUGUCGGACUUGGAAACAAAAAAGUGUAUUAAUUUAAAAUAAGUUCCUGCAAAUAAAUGAGUUAGUUGCAUUGCUGUGGCUAAAGCUCUGUGGUCCCUGCCAUCUGUAUGUGGGAAAACAGAUGAUGAACCCCUUGCUAGAGCUGAGGAGGCCCACUGCUGAAGAGACUGCUUCUGAGAGAAGGUCCUGAGCUGACAGAAGGGGAGAAAGAGUUUGUAGAAGACUUAAGUGGGCAAGAGACUAAAGAAAACAAGAAAAAUGCCGAAACCAAUCAAUGUCAGAGUAACCACGAUGGAUGCAGAGUUGGAAUUUGCCAUCCAGCCCAAUACAACAGGCAAGCAGCUCUUUGAUCAGGUGGUGAAAACUGUUGGUCUUCGUGAAGUCUGGUUUUUUGGGCUACAGUAUGUGGACAGCAAAGGCUACUCAACUUGGCUGAAGCUAAAUAAAAAGGUAACACAGCAAGAUGUAAGGAAAGAAAAUCCUUUGCAGUUUAAGUUCAGGGCCAAGUUUUUUCCAGAGGAUGUAUCUGAAGAAUUAAUUCAGGAAAUAACUCAGAGACUUUUCUUCCUGCAAGUUAAAGAAGCAAUCUUAAAUGAUGAAAUAUAUUGUCCACCAGAAACUGCAGUUCUUCUGGCUUCUUAUGCUGUCCAGUCCAAGUAUGGAGAUUACAGUAAGGAGAUACAUAAGCUGGGCUACCUAGCCAAUGACAGGCUUCUCCCUCAACGUGUGUUAGAACAGCACAAACUGACAAAAGAACAGUGGGAAGAAAGAAUACAGAACUGGCAUGAAGAGCACAGGGGAAUGUUAAGGGAAGAUUCUAUGAUGGAAUACCUUAAGAUAGCACAAGACUUGGAAAUGUAUGGAGUCAACUAUUUUGAAAUAAAGAAUAAAAAAGGAACUGAAUUGUGGCUAGGAGUUGAUGCUUUGGGUCUGAAUAUUUAUGAGCAUGAUGAUAAGCUGACACCCAAGAUUGGUUUUCCUUGGAGUGAAAUAAGAAACAUCUCUUUUAAUGACAAAAAAUUUGUCAUAAAGCCGAUUGACAAAAAGGCCCCUGAUUUUGUUUUUUAUGCACCCCGUCUGAGAAUUAACAAGCGAAUUUUGGCACUGUGUAUGGGAAAUCAUGAAUUGUACAUGAGGAGGAGGAAACCUGAUACAAUUGAAGUGCAACAGAUGAAGGCCCAAGCUAGAGAGGAGAAACAUCAGAAACAAUUGGAAAGGGCACAGUUAGAAAAUGAGAAGAAGAAAAGGGAGAUAGCAGAAAAGGAAAAGGAAAGAAUAGAGCGUGAAAAGGAAGAAUUAAUGGAACGCUUAAGACAAAUUGAGGAACAAACAAUGAAAGCUCAGAAAGAGCUAGAGGAACAGACUAGAAGAGCUCUAGAACUGGAUCAAGUGAAGACUAAAGCUGCUCUAGCCAAGCAGGCAGCUGAUCAGAUGAAGAACCAGGAGCAGCUAGCGGCAGAACUUGCUGAAUUCACUGCCAAGAUUGCACUUCUAGAGGAGGCCAAGAAAAAGAAAGAAGAGGAGGCCUCAGAAUGGCAGCACAAAGCUUUUGCAGCCCAAGAGGACUUGGAAAAGACCAAAGAAGAACUGAAAUCUGUGAUGUCUGCUCCUCCUCCACCUCCUCCCCCACCAGUUAUUCCUCCAACAGAGAAUGAACAUGAUGAACAUGAUGAGAACAAUGCUGAGGCCAGUGCAGAACUGUCUUCUGAUGGUGUCAUGAAUCACAGGAGCGAGGAAGAACGGGUAACAGAAACACAGAAAAACGAACGUGUUAAGAAACAGCUCCAGGCUUUAAGUUCUGAGUUGGCUCAAGCCAGAGAUGAAACCAAGAAAACACAAAACGAUGUCCUUCAUGCUGAGAAUGUUAAAGCGGGCCGUGAUAAGUACAAGACUCUUCGACAAAUCCGACAAGGCAAUACAAAGCAGCGUAUUGAUGAGUUUGAAGCAAUGUGAGAGCUGUUAUUUUGCGUAUAUGUUCCUCGUAAAGCUGAACCACCAACAGAGAAAAAAGCAGGCCUUUGCAGAUUUGAUGGAUUGCACCCCACUUUGCCAAAGCACUUAAUACCAGUUUGACUACAGUGGCUAGAAGACAAAUUUAGGGGAAGCUAUUCAACAGUAAGGCAGUCUGUCAUCCCUAGCUUUUUUGGGGGGAGGGUCUGGAGAACCACAGCAGGUUUUUUUCCCCCAUCAUGUUUUCAGUUUCAUUGUUUCAUAUUUUUUUCUUUGGAAACUGGUGUGAAGUAUAUGACUGACAAGUGUAUAUGUAUUGCUUAAACAUUAAGAAAUAGAAAGAAGAAUGGAACUGAGCCUAAACCGGAUAGGCACUGUUUCAGUAUGAAGUUUGGAAUCACAUUUUUCACUGUAGCUACACUAUUAAGAGUUUGAUAUUGCUGACUUUCAGUUUAGUUUUUUUUAAUCCCAAGUGAAAUUAUUUGGUGUUUCAUGUCCUGUCAUCAUUGAUGGUUUUCUUUGCCUGCCUGUUCACAAAGGUCUGGAUGGCAGGUGGUAGUUCCAGGAAAUAUUUUUAAAUGGAACGCUACCUGUGGGCAGCACGUGGCUGCUGAUAGGCUUGAAUAAGUAUUGCUUUUCCUAGGUUGUUAUUUAGAUGCGCAAAAUGUUCUAAUGCAGCAAAGGAAAAAAAAAAAAUAAUAAAGCUUCAUGUGCUAUUUGCUUGUAGUUAUUUCAUUUGCAGUAGGGAGACCUGGACCUUUCUGGCAAGGGAGCAUAUGAAAACAUCAGUCCCAGGGAGGGGACAGUAUCCUACCUCACUACUAUAUACAUGAUGACUGGUCCUUCAAACACCACGAAAAAACCCUGUUUUAAAUUGACUGUCACUACACAGUGUUUAUCAUAGAAUGCUAGGAGCCCUUACUCCUAGGACUUUGUUUUACUUUAAGAUGGAUUUAUAGUGCUAAAUACUAACUGCCUUUUGUUGAGUUUAAAUUGUAAAAGCAUCUUGUGUGUUUUAAAGCUGUAACCUGUCACUGGUAUACUAUCUCCUGGGAGGGGUGUAGAAUGCGCGUGCAAGUUAGUUUGGGUUUCCAAAUACAAAAUGAAGGUUCCCAGAAUUGGAGUCAACGUGUUUGUAGCUUCAGUUUUCAGUGAAGCUAGUAUUGUAAUUGUCACAUCUGAUGUCAGAUCAUUGUUAUUAAGUCCUUCCCCUCUUGAAAAGGAGACCCGCUUUUUUGAGAAAUUUGCUUAGAAAUUGAACUUUAGAAAUAACUUUACAGUUAAUGUGGUCUGCAGUUAUUCCUUCUGUUACAGUACCCUAGUAAAUAUCUACAGUGGAAGAACCCUGCUUUCUCUGAGGAUGGUUCAGCUCUUUUCUGUUUGUUAUUAUGCACUCAUAAAUUUACACUUAUCUAUUAAAAUUUGCCAUUUUAUUAAACAUUUUUUCAUGCACAAUAGGUUUAAAUUUCUUAUGAACAGUCCAACUAAGUUUUUGGGUUUUUGUUUUUGUUUUUUUUUUUUAUUUUGCGGAGUUAAAGGUUGGCUAUGUGGGGUGACAUCAUGAAAAUAAAAUAAAGAUACAUUAAUAUAUUUUUGGUUUGUGGGGCUAAACAUAUCUGGUUGACCGUGAAGACUGAUGUGCAGAUGGUGUGCACAUGCUUCAAAAUGCUGCUUGGUGGAAGGUGGUGUUUCUACUUGCAGUGCAUUGUAAGAACAGCUUUUGUUUCACAGGCUUCGUACACUGAAGCUUAAGCAAAUUUCUGAGUACUCAAACAGUUUGCCAUAGCAGGUGAAAUACUGUGCUUCCAGUGAGUUUUCAUUUUUCCCUGGAAAGUGUGCACUAACACUGAUACAUCAGUUUCAGUGUUGGAGAAAAAAUACCAGUAAAGUUUGCUGUUCGUAAAUCUACAAUAUAUAGAGUAGGGCUAAAUGGAUUAGAUCCAUUUAUAAAACUGUGUGAAUUUUUUUUUUUCUAAACAACCAGAAACAACCAUUUGUAAUAUGGAUUUUCACAGUGAACAAAGUGGUAAUAGCUGCUGUCACCAGCAGUUGGGAACACUUACUGGUGCGGAAAUACUAAGAAUACAUUUAAUUAUUACUUGGUGAAGUAAUUUUCCACAUGCUUUUUCCUUUAGCAUCAUGUUUUGUGUUGUACAAUUAAGCUACAAUUUCAUCUACUAUUUUGGAUAACGUUCAUUGGUUAACAAUAAAGAGAUACAGUUAA